CGGCCGCCUGCCGGGGCCGCUGGCUCUGGACACACUUCCCGGCGCCUCUCGUCACCUGGGAAUUUUCAUCCAUCGGCCGGCGGAAGCUUAGUGGGAGACUGAAGCCCUGUAACCCAGCUGACUGAGCCAGGGAAGUAGUUGAGCACGCAGACAGCCAGACUGUCCGCAUCGUUAAGCGUGUGGUGUCCUGCUGAGGCCUGUUACACUUCGCUUUCCAAGAGAAUGCAGCCUUGAUGCAACUAUGAGCAGAGAAUCAGGCAACUAUGGAAAUAUGUAGACAACAAGGUGCAGUCACCUCCCUGUGCGGCAUGCAGAACACAGACUGAAUUGCCCUUUGAUUUUUUAAUAGCUGAGAAGAGGUUUUAUCCUGCUGUUAGAGCUGCCCUGAUCAAACACGCUCAGCAGUGCAGUCAGGUCUCUGUUCAGACUGAAUCAUUCCUCAUUAUUCCACAAGUGUGGAGAAUUCACAGUGCUCUUGACUGGAGAUUACUGGCUGUUAAUGGAAUCCUGCAGUGCAGCAACACUGAAGAUCAGAAUCCUAUUAUGGUUUUUCUCCUGUAUGAGGAAGCUUUGUUGCCAAGAUUUGUUCUGAAAAUCCAUGCUACUGACUGCAGCUGUCUACAAAUGUAGAAGACUUGCAAAUUGCAUCUCCCCCCUACCCAACUGACCCAUUUCCUAUGGAAUUCAUGAUUCUUAAUAUUUUUAAAAAUUCUGUCUCUACUGAGGAUGUUUGGAUUAUAACUGUGAGCAUAUCUAUGCAAAGAGACAAAUUAGCCUGAGUAAUUGAGUUUCCCUUAGCAGAGGGACCCCAGAUGUCAGCCAAGCUUAAGGACAACUGAUGGAGAUAAGCAUGAGAUCACCGUGGCACAGCUGCAUGUGUAGUCACUCUUGAAGCAAUUGCACACCUAAUUGGCUGACAAUCUUGGCAUUUUUAAAACAAACGCAAGCCUUUUAAAAGAGGGGGACCUGUUUAUAUAUGAAUAGUCCAAUAGGCCUGUUGAGUGUCAUCAAUGGAGCCCUCUGGCAAUGAACAGAUGUGUGAUGACCCUGAUCCUGGAGGCAAAUCCCAAGAUACCGAGACCAAAAAACAGCAUGAAUCAGAGCAAAAAUUAUCCAAAAUAACGCAUAAUGCUUUGGAGAACAUUAAUGUGAUUGGUCAAGGCUUGAAGCACCUUUUCCAGCACCAGCGCAGGAGGUCCUCAGUUUCUCCCCAUGAUGUUCAGCAAGUUCAGGCUGAUCUGGAGGCUGAAAUGGAUUUGGAAAACCAAAGCGCCUGUGCUGAAAUUGAUGGUGUCUCCACCCACCCCACAGCUCUGAAUCGAGUGCUUCAGCAGAUCAGAGUGCCACCUAAAAUGAAGAGAGGGACAAGCCUGCACAGCAGGCGGGGCAAGAUGGACCCUCCAAAAGGAAGCCCUCAGAUCAACAGGAGAUCUGCCCAAGAUACUCAAUCAGGUCGGCCCAGAUCGUCAUCUACUACUGAUGCUCCCACCAACUUGUCUGUGAUGGAGAUAGCUUCUUCUAUCUAUAUAGGUGGAGAGGAGGCCUCAGCAGCAGCAAUCGAGCGGUUGGAAGUCAGCAGCCUUGCCCAGACCUCCAGCGCGGUCGCCUCGAGCACUGAUGGCAGCAUCAACGCUGACUCCAUUGAUGGGACCCCAGACCCUCAGCGCACAAAAGUGGCCAUCACUCACUUGCAGCAAAAGAUCUUGAAGCUGACUGAGCAGAUUAAAAUCGAACAAACGGCCCGUGAUAACAAUGUGGCGGAGUACCUGAAACUGGCCAACAAUGCUGACAAGCAGCAGAGCGCCCGUAUCAAGCAAGUGUUUGAGAAGAAGAAUCAGAAGUCAGCCCAGACCAUCCUGCAGCUGCAGAAGAAACUAGAACAUUACCACCGGAAGCUGCGAGAGAUUGAGCAGAACGGGAUCCCUCGGCAGCCGAAGGAUGUGUUCAGGGAUAUGCAUCAGGGGUUGAAGGAUGUCGGAGCAAAGGUCACUGGCUUCAGCGAGGGUGUAGUAGACAGUGUUAAAGGUGGACUUUCUAGUUUCUCCCAAGCCACGCAUUCCGCAGCCGGAGCUGUGGUUUCCAAACCUCGGGAGAUUGCCUCUCUUAUAAGGAACAAGUUUGGGAGUGCAGACAAUAUUGCUAACCUGAAAGAUUCCUUAGAGGAAGGCCAGGAAGAUGGGGCAGGAGGCAAGGCUCUAGGUGUUAUUCAGAACUUUCAGUCAAGUCCAAAAUAUGGAAGUGAAGAGGAUUGUUCCAGUGCCACGUCGGGCUCUGUGGGGGCCAACAGCACCACAGGGGCCCCUGUGGGAGCUUCUAGCUCCAAAACAAACACUCUGGAUGUGCAGAGCUCAGGGUUUGAUGCAAUACUACAUGAAAUUCAAGAAAUUCGAGAGACACAGGCAAGACUGGAAGAAUCGUUCGAGGAUCUGAAGGUUCGUUAUCAGAGGGAUUACUCAUUAAUAAUGCAGACUCUGCAAGAGGAGCGGUACAGAUGUGAAAGACUAGAAGAUCAACUAAAUGACCUGACUGAGCUCCAUCAGAAUGAGAUCCUGAAUUUAAAACAGGAACUGGCCAGCAUGGAGGAGAAAAUUGCCUAUCAGUCCUAUGAGCGAGCCCGGGACAUCCAGGAGGCUCUGGAGGCCUGCCAGACCCGCAUCUCCAAGAUGGAGCUGCAGCAGCAGCAGCAGCAGGUGGUGCAGCUGGAGGGGCUGGAGAACGCCACGGCCAGGAACCUGCUGGGCAAGUUCAUCAACAUCCUCCUGGCCGUCAUGGCUGUCCUCCUGGUCUUCGUCUCCACCGUGGCCAACUGCGUCGUGCCCCUCAUGAAGACUCGCAAUAGGACGUUCAGCACUUUAUUCAUAGUGGUUUUCAUUGCCUUUCUGUGGAAGCACUGGGACGCCAUUACGGGCUACUUGGAACGGUUCUUGUCCCCCCCUAGAUGAUGGCGCGAGGAGUCGCUGCGUCGCCCUCCCGGCGCCCGCGGGCGCGAGCGUGGCAAAGAUUAGUCAGCAGCUAUUGCGCUGAAGUUUUAAAGUGUCCGAGUGAAUUUGUUUACAUUUAGAAUAACAGUUUUUCUCUGCGAGACGCAUUGCAAUAGUAUUUUUUAGAUUUUAUUCAAGAACUCUUUUUGGUGAGAAUCCUGGAUAAUUUUUAUGUAGCAUGGUUCUCUUUGGAUGCAAAUCUUAAUUCUUCAAAGUGUACAAAAGAAAUAAAUAAAAUACACAAAUUUGGAGCAUACCAAUGGGCUAUUUAAAUUGUGGCUUGAACUGCUGUACUUAACCUGUCAGGAAGAGGAAAACGUGGUUAGCUUAAAAUGAGCAAAGCUAAAUCUAGCGCACAGCCGUAAGUGAAGGCACCACAGCAAACCGGUAACACUAAGCUUUUACUGUGAAGUCUGCUCACAUUCCAUGCCCAAAUCUAUGGGUUCAGAGUGGUUUCUUUCCUUAACGGAGAAAAGCAACAUAUGGAUUUCUCUCCCAACUCAGCACCUGGGUUUGCCAUUUGUGCUAACCUGACUUACAGUAGUUUCCUAUAAGGCUGGUUAACUUUGCUGAGCAUAUGAGAUGGAAGCCUCAUGCCAUACACAGUAACUGCACAGUUGUGCUACAGUAUUUUGAAGUAGUCCUUUAAAUACUUGUCUUUAAACAGAAGCCCUUGGUCGCACUUUUGAGGUUU